GCCGGCCCCUGGCAGCGGCCUGGGCGAGCUCCUGCGCCGCCGUGGGGCUCUGCCCGGGGGCGCGGGUCGCCGGGGCCUGGGCUGAGGCCCCUCUGCUGGGCCGAGCCCCGCUGGCCGGAGGGCUUCUCGUCCUCGGAGCGGUGUGGGGAAGCGAGGAGGCCGUGGCCCGGCUCUGGAGAGCUGUCCUGGUGUUGGGGCCUCAGCUCUGCAAAGGCGCUCUAGAGCCCUGCCUGGGAGUGGGGUUGCAGAGGAACGGCUGGAGGCUGGCUGGAAGCUCAGCUGCCUCUGCCUGAGUCCCCACCAGGGAAAGUGACAGCUGCAGUGAUGGCAGCUAUUGAUGCUGGCUACCGUCACUUUGAUUGUGCCUAUGUGUACCAGAAUGAAAAUGAAGUUGGGGAUGGGAUCCAGCAAAAAAUCAAGGAAGGUGGUGUGAAACGAGAGGACCUCUUUGUUGUCAGUAAGCUAUGGUGUACAUUUCAUGACAAGCCUCUGGUGAAGGGAGCCUGCCAGAAGACUCUUGCUGCCCUGAAAUUGGAUUACCUGGAUCUCUACCUCAUCCACUGGCCUCUUGGUUUUAAGGCAGGAGAGGAGCUGUUUCCCACAGAUGACAAAGGCAUGUCUAUACCCAGCAACACGGAUAUUCUACAUACAUGGGAGGCCAUGGAAGAGCUGGUGGAUGCUGGUCUGGUAAAAGCCAUUGGAAUCUCCAACUUUAACCAUGAACAGAUUGAAAGAAUCUUGAACAAGCCGGGACUGAAAUACAAGCCUGCAAAUAACCAGAUUGAAUGUCAUCCAUACCUUACCCAGGAGAAGCUGAUCAAGUACUGUCAAUCCAAAGGUAUUGCUGUGACAGCAUACAGUCCCCUUGGUUCUCCUGACAGACCAUGGGCUAAGCCAGAGGAUCCUUCCCUUCUGGAUGACCCCAAAAUCAAAGAGAUUGCAGCCAAGCACAACAAAACACCAGCACAGGUUCUCAUUCGGUUCCACAUCCAGAGAAAUGUGAUUGUGAUUCCCAAGUCUGUAACACCACAGCGCAUUGUGGAGAACUUCAAGGUGUUUGACUUUGAAUUGACUAAAGAGGAGAUGGCAACUAUUCUCAGCUUUAAUAGAAACUGGAGAGCCUGUGCAAUGAGCACGUGCAAAACUCACAAGGACUACCCUUUCAAUGCAGAGUACUGAAGAUGGUUUCCUGCCUUUCUCCAGACUUCUCAGAUAUACUUCUGCUGUUGCCUAUGAGUUGUCUACGUAGCUUUCUCACUGCAUCAGAUGCCCCCCCUCUUUUUUUCUUUUUUUUUCCCCCACAGAGAUGCAGUAUAUGUACUCAGUGACUUUGUGUUGUUUUCUUUUUUGGAAGAAGGAAAUGCUAAAAUGCUUCUGAAGAGCACACUGUGUGGACUAGUAGAUUGUCUUUGCCAAACUGCAUGUCUGGAACUGGUAAGCAGAAAACACUGAGAAAGUUUGAACAAGCAGUCACUUUUAUUUUGGAAUACUGUGAAUUGGAGCUAGUGACUAUUGUCUGGAAGGACCAGGAUAUUGGCAGAUUUUACAUAAUUAAUGAAGUCUGCUUUUUUCUGAUACUUGUGGGUUUGGUUUUGUUUCUUUUUGUAACACUCCAUGCUUUUUUCUCUAAUUGGAAGCACAAGUUGAUUUUGAAGUACAGCAGUUUCUACAUGGGUAGCUCUUUGAAAAGUGUAUAGGUCCUGGUUUCUUGGUGAUAUAAAAGCUGGUUUUGCUUAUAAUAAAAUACAGUUUCAUUA